UAAUUUCGAAUUAAUCAGCCAGAUGGCAGGCGAUGGGAGUCGUCUGACAAGAGUGUUUUCGGCAUAAUUCGAUGUGGUUAUGCAUUGAAAAAAACUUAGCGUUCAAGUCAUGGCACAAUCAUAUCUAUCUUUAUGUUAGUUUGCGUAGAACGUCUCCAUGAAUAUGUAAGAAAGGUUGUCACAGAAGAGGAUGGUUGUGAUUGACAGCUCGCUACUGUUGAAUCUCACGAUGCUCCACCGUGUAUUGUUUAUCAAGUGAUCACGACACUCUCGGAUAUCUACUUUAAAAGAUAUGCUGUUAUUUGUUAAUUUUUAUUUAUUUGUUAGGCACGAUAAUAUUGAAACUGGAAGGGAUACAAACUCUUUAUUUUUUAAGGCCGACUUAAGACUUUGAUGCUUGAAUUUGAUCAAGCAGAUCAUAUUUGUUAAGAUACAUCUACGUGAUCAGUCAACAUUAACACACAAUGUCGUUGUUCAAACGUUUGCUUGGUGGCUCAAACCAAGAUGUUUCCAAAGGCUCCCCACCCCAGGGAAUGCAAGCCAUGGGAGCUCAGCUGCAGAGAAAGUUUGCCAAAGGAGUACAGUAUAACAUGAAAAUUGUGAUUCGAGGUGACCGAAAUACUGGUAAGACCUGCUUGUUCCAUCGCCUGCAAGGCCAGCCCUUCAAGGAGGAAUACAUCCCUACCGAUGAAAUACAGGUAGCCAGCAUCCACUGGAACUACCGCGCCACCGACGAUGUUGUGAAAGUGGAAGUGUGGGAUGUUGUGGACAAGGGUAAGAAGAAGCGGAAGUCAGAUGGGCUCAAGUUGGACAACGCUGCUGAUAGCGCUUUAGAGGAACCGUGUCUGGAUGCAGAGUUCCUCGAUGUUUACAAAGGAACUCACGGUGUCAUCUUCGUCUAUGACAUCACAAAACAGUGGACAUUCACGUAUGUUGAGCGUGAGAUAGAGCGGAUACCGUCUCAUAUUCCCAUCAUCGUCCUGGGCAACCACCGAGACAUGGGCCACCACAGGACUGUCAUCGAGGACAAGGCCCGGGUAUUUGUGGAGAGUGUACAGAAAGACAGGACGGAGGGUUCAGCACAAGCCCGGUAUGCAGAGUGUUCCAUGAGGAACGGGUUUGGCCUCAAGUUCCUCCACAUGUUCUUCAACCUCCCCUUCCUCCAGCUUCAGAGGGAGACGCUACUGAAGCAGCUGGAGACCAACACACAGGACAUGCUGUCCACAGUGGCAGAGCUGGACAUCCACGACGACUCCGAGGAGCAAAACUAUGACAUUUUCCUGGAGAGUCUGACCAUGAAGCGAAGGAAGCAAGCAGAGCAGCAGGCAGAGAAAGCCUUGUCUGACUCACACCUGAAGCAGGACGAGACGGGGGUCAUCCGGUCAGCUGAUGACCACUCCAUCCCCAACAACUCCCCACCCACCUCCACUGUGCCCAGGUCAGUGUCCCAGCCUUCCCUGCCCCGUGUCCCAUCAACGCCCAAGAUGCCUGACAUCCCACCACCCACCGCCCCUGCCACAUCUGCCAGUUCAUCACCAGCCACGCCCGUGGCCUCCCCACCCCCCGUGGAACAGAAGCAGGGCUUCAUGUCCAGGUUGUUCAAGAAGAAGCCGAAGGAACCGCCAGAAGUGACAGAACCCCCACCAGAGUCUAAGACCUCCAAGCCAGCAGAGUCUAUGGUGAAGAGCGUGGAGGACUUUGUCCCGGACGGUGACGGUCUUGACAGUGCUUUCCUAGACGAUGCCCGUGACCCGACCAGCACUGUUAAGCAACAGGCUGACGGAGAUUCUGACAGUGAUGACGAAGGCAACAACCCAAUGGUAGCAGGUUUCCAGGACGACCUGGACUCUGAGGAUGAGCGUCCCAUCAGUCAGACAGCAACCCCUGCUGUGUCAGGGGUCAAGGACAUCGAUCUCACGAGUGAGGAGGAGGAAGAGGACCAUGUGGACAUUCCGGAGUCAGAGGUACGGGUCAUCUCCCAGGACGUGGACAUCUCCUCCAGCGACGAAGCAGCAACAGUGACAACAAGCUUCACCAAGGCAGCACCAAGGGAGGUAACUCCCACUGUGAAAGUGGCCGCUGUGGACGUGAGUGUGUCAGAGUCGGAGAGUGACGAUGGUGAGAGGAAGGACACACAGGGGGAUGACCUGGGGGGUAGAAAGGGGAGUGAGGGAGGACAGAGUUGGGGUAGCAAGGAAGGCCACAGCAAUGGCCGAGGUGGUGCUACGCCGACACCAGCUGCCGACACCAGUAUGGAGGAGGACGUUGAGGGCAAUGCUGGUAUCGAUGUUCCACAGGAGGACUUCAGUAACUGGCUGGACCAACUCGAGGAGAAGUCCACUCCAGUUGUCGUGAGAAACAAGUCCUCCAAACCUCGCCAGAAGAAGCCGUCCACAGAGAGUGAGGAUGACUGUAGAAUCAAAGCAAUCAGCUCCGAUGUAGAAGAAGCAGAGACAAGCAUUGUCAAGUCCACAAAGAAGAAAAAGAAAAAGAAGUCUGAGGAUAAGGAGGAGGAGAAGUCUCAGAAGAAGACAAAGAAGAAAAAGGAAAAAGAUGGAGAUGGAGAGAAGAAAUCAGCAAAGAAGGAGAAGAAAAAAAGAAAGAAGAAGAAGGAAGAAGAAGAUGAUGUGGACGACCAGCAAGAGAAAGAUGACCUGGAGGCCUUCCUGGGAGAGCCAGAAGCAGGCCGGUCUGUGGGGGGGGACUACCAGUCGUUAUAGCACAGGGUGAGCAGGAUUUUGUGUGCUGGGAAUACGGAUAGGGAAUAAUGAUGUGUAUAUACAACACGCUGAAGUCAGGAAGAGGUGAUGAGCGUUGAAGCACAAGGAAUGGAAGAUGGGAUUGGGUGUUCAUAUUGCAAGGCAAGUGUUAUGAGUGUUUAUUACACGGGGAAGGAGGAAGGGAGUUUGUGCAGCCCAACUGAGGAGGAAGACUAGUUUGUGGAACUUGAAGAGCAAGGCCUGGUGACUGGAGAGGGCUAGGAGUUUCUACGUCACAGAAGAGAUGAGAUCAGGUUCAGAGAAAACUUUGUCUGGUCAUGGAGGCCUUCAAGUAACCAUGGUAACAGUGGCAGGACCAGCUGUUGAUCACAGUCAGACCAAGCUCCAAUGUGGAGGAAGUUGUGUAACCCUCAACCAGAGAUUGAGGCUCCAUGGUAUGCCAGUGUCAGAUUGAGGCUCCUUGGUAUGCCAGUGUCAGAUUGAGGCUCCUUGGUAUGCCAGUGUCAGAUUGAGGCUGGAUGGAAUGCCAGUGUCAGAUUGAGGCUCCUUGGUAUGCCAGGGUCAGAUCGAGGCUCCUUGGUAUGCCAGUUACAGAUUGGGGAUCCUUGGUAUGCCUGUGACAGAGUGGGGAUCCUUGGUAUGCCUUUGACAGAGUGGGGAUCCUUGGUAUGCCAGUGUCAGAUCAAGGCUCCUUGGUAUGCUAGUGUCAGAUUGGGGAUCCUUGGUAUGCCUGUGACAGAGUGGGGAUCCUUGGUAUGCCUGUGACAGAGUGGGGAUCCUUGGUAUGCCUGUGACAGUGGGGAUCCUUGGUAUGCCAGUGUCAGAUCAAGGCUCCUUGGUAUGCCAGUGUCAGAUUGAGGCUCCUUGGUAUGCCUGUGACAGAGUGGGGAUCCUUGGUAUGCCUGUGACAGAUUGGGGAUCCUUGGUAUGCCUGUGACAGAGUGGGGAUCCUUGGUAUGCCAGUGUCAGAUCAAGGCUCCUUGGUAUGCUAGUGUCAGAUCGAGGCUCCAUGGUAUGCCAGUGUCAGAUCGAGGCUCCUAGGUAUGCCAGUGUCAGAUCGAGGCUCCUUGGUAUGCCAGUGUCAGAUUGAGGCUCCUUGGUGUGCUGGUGUCAGAUCGAGGCUCCAUGGUAUGCCAGUGUCAGACUGAGGCUCCAUGGUAUGCCAGUGUCAGAUCGAGGCUCCAUGGUAUGCCAGUGUCAGAUCGAGGCUCCAUGGUAUGCCAGUGUCAGAUUGAGGCUCCAUGGUAUGCCAGUGUCAGAAUGGUAUGCUAAUGUGACUCUGAGACUACAUUGUAUGCUAGUUUUUGGAAACUGGGUUUUGUUUUCUAAUAACCAGAUUAAUGCUAUGGUCAUGAAGUAUUCCUGAACAACAAAACUGACAGAAGAGUCUGCUGAUGUCUGAAUGAUCUUGUUGUGGAGCCUCAUUGAUCUACCUUAUGAUCAGAACUAACAACAUUGGGACAUAUGCAAGCAGGCCCACCUGUGUGGGUGGGCUGCCAUGUCCCCAGGCUCCCAUUGGUGGCCUCAUCAUUGUAUGUCUGUCUGUGGGUCCACACAGUAUUCAAUGUCUGUCUUAAUGUGCAUGGAGUCCUGUCCAACUAUUAAUGAAUUUUAUUUCAUGCUUCAUGUUUUCUCCUGGAAAAUUACAUUCCUCACCAAGGCAGCGUUAUCAGAACAUGAUGACUGUCUGGUGACAGGUCCCAAACAAAUCAUCCUUAUUAGAGCACUGACACCUCUUACUGUUGGAACCUUCCACUCCUGUGGGGAAGGAGUUGUUGGUGUUUCAGAUUCCAUUUUUAGAGAAGUGUUUGCUAUGUUUACACUAAUUUUGACAAUUGUGACAGCUGUGAUUCUAAGUGCAAUAGUUUGUUCCUGUGGUGUCUGAAAUUAUGUCUCUUAAUAGAAAGUAAAAGAAUUAGGUUUGUCAAGUUAACUGAACUUGUCUCCCUUUGUUGUAUAGGUUAUCUCCCCCCUUAUGGUAUGGGUUUUCUUCCCUGAUUGUAUGGGUUGUCUCCCAUUAGUCUAUGGCUUGUCUCCCAUUAGUCUAUGGCUUGUCUCCCCUGAUUGUAUGCGUUGUCUCCCUUAAGUGUAUGGGUUGUCUCCCUUGAUUGUACAUUAACCCUGUUAACCAGAGUGUAACACCAAGAGUGUAAGUCUAUAUAUCUGUGCAUUAUCCCAAGGUAUCAACAGAGUAUACUGUUUCUUGUGUAGCCAUGACAACUAGAGUGAAGAUGAUAGGAGUCUGAUAUGAAUGUUUUCUUUGAUCAGGGGUUGAUGAAAGAGAAACCUCGGCAGUGGGAGGUGCUUCACAAGAAACACUGCAGGCAGUCAGGGGCAGACCCAGUGUAAUCUCAGCGCUGUCCUGAAAUAGUCAUCAAGAUGAAUCCAUGACUGAGUGGCCACGUUGUGCAUUUAUUGCCUCAAGAAAUAUUAACACAACUAGCAUUUAAGACAAAUUAUUGAAAUACCAGAUGUAAAUUUUUAUCACAUCUGUAACUAGUUGUUAAGGUAACUUAUUCCUGUAAGACAUAUAUUGUCUAGCUGCGUACAGACACUUCACACCUGUUACUUGAAGCACCUGUACUGCUGUCUACCAGGUGAAGCAGUCAGUAUGGCGGCCUCUGUAUCCACUACUCAACUUCUGAUGUUACUUGAAGCAUCUGUACUGCUGUCUACCAGGUGAAGCAGUCAGUAUGGCGGCCUCUGUAUCCACUACUCAACUUCUGAUGUUAUUUGUAAUCAUGGAAUAAUUGGAAUAUGUUCAAGUACAGUAGAAUAUGUGUUCACCAUGACAACAUCCUCUGCUGUUUAACCCUCAUCUAGGUAACAUAAGCACCUGGAGAAACAAACCAGUCAUCCCAUGUGCUUCCCUCCAAUCACAAUGUGUGAAAUUGGUGGCCCUCCAUUCAAACUGAUGCAUAUCUCUCUCUCUCUCUCUCUCUCUCUCUCUCUCUCUCUCUCUCUCUCUCUCUCUGUGUCUCUCUCUCUCUCUCUCUCUCUCUCUCUCUCUCUCUCUCUCUCUCUCACAGAGGCAUGGAUCAUUACUCACAAUGUCAGUCACUCGAUUGUCUGGUCCAGAUUUGAUUAUUUACAGGCCACUGUCAUGUAGCUAGAGUUUGCUAUUAAACAACACUCUCACUCACUCACUCACUCACUCACUCACUCACUCACUCACUCUACAAACUAACAUGGGGUCACAGUGGUCUUAGGUUCUGGAUCUACAAGUUCAUGUGCAGAGUUGUAUCCCUUUAUUGUGCCAGGAUUAGCUUAUUCUGUAUGCUUACUUGUCCUUGGUUAGUCAGCACCCUACUCAUGCACAAAGGUUUAUCUGAGGUACAGUUAUAUAACUCAACCCCAGACGAAUUCUGCAACUAAAAGUUCAAAAUUCUACGGUAAAGACAUACCCGUUUCCCCCUCAAAAAUUAACACAAACUCAUUUUUGGAAAACUCAAAUCCAAAUCCCAAACAAAAUAUUUCCACAAACUGUUAUUAUUGACAGUUAUCAUUGGAUAAGCCAUCCAUACAAUAAUGAAAAUAAAUAUGCACAGUGUUUACAUAUAAGCAAAUAUACAUGUCAGUGACAUAGUGUUUGUGGUCAUCAGACAAAUGUUUAAGAGUGAGAAUUAUUUAUUUCAAAUUUUGUUUUAUUGUUGGAUUCAAAUUUUGUAUGUUUAAAAGCAUGUAAAAUGUUUUUGCAUCAUUCGAGUACAGAAAUUUGAUAGAAAAGCUUGAAAAUAAUUUUUAAAAAUUGGUUUAUUGAUAGGUUUUAAAAGGCAAAUUCCGUGAUAAUUCUGUGGUAAGAUUUUCUGCAAAUCUUUCCACUAUUGCAGAACUGAACACUGUUACAAGCUGACUACUCACUCCCAAUUUAGAAUAGAGGACAGUUGUCAAUAGUGAGCCAUGGCAACCACUGCUGUGAGUUUCUCUGGACUAAAUAUUGAGACUAAGUUCAACAAUGAGUUAAUCACAAAUUAUAACUGAGAAACAAAUUAGAAUUAUUGUCACAGAGGAGGUGAGACAGGCAGCAAGGUUAGAGGCAUCCUCCCUUCCAGUAGUCCUGCUUCAAGUAUACACAGUUGGAGUGAGUGAGUGAGUGGGGACCCCUGGAUCAGUAAGUGUCAGUAACUCCCAGCUGUCUGUGUGGUUGUACAGCGUGAUCAUAGCGCUAAGGUCAUCAUAACUCCAAUACCUCAACAAGACAGUCGUGGAGCUAAGGUUGUUUUGUACAACUUCACCCUGAACAAUACAAGUCAUUGACUGAAUGCAGGAGUAACCACAUGUCAUGACCUGAUCACCACAGUGACAUGAACAUGAUGUUGUACGCCUCAUAGAGGCAUUUCAACUGGCAUGUGGUUACUGGUAUCAUAGCUGCAGCCACAGUGUGAUGUAUACAGUGAAGCCUUACCCGUGUCAACUUGAACUUCCUUGAUACAUCAUCCCCCUAGAACUGACAGGGAUUCCAUUAGUAUCUUUUCUGUCUCGAGUUCGUUGGUGGCCAACCAUUUGAUAUUGUCAAGGAGGCUUGGGAUUUUUUCCAGAAAAAUAAAUUGUUCCUGAAAUCUUGAAAAAAAGAAAUAUGCUUCAUAUUUAUUGUUUAAAAAAAAGAAAUUGUCUGCCACAAAAAUAACAUUGUUGCAAUAUUUCUGUUGAAAAAGGUAUUUUUAAAAAUAUAUCUGGUUUUGCAGCUGUAGCUGAAACAAUAUCUGGUCUCGAUACUAAAUGCCAGCCCCCCAAAGAAUAUCAAAUGGUCGGUCCCUUAACAUGGCAUGGCUCCAUGUAUUCUGGUGUAAGUUGUGAAGGAUGGUACGGUUGUCCACUAGUCAAGAAUCUUGACCAGAAAGCCGAGUUUGAUUCCCAUGUGUAAAGCAUGUACUUUGCCAGCCAGCCUGGUCGUGUAGUGGAUCUAGUGUAUUCGAUCUCUGACCAUGUGUUGUUGUAAUGAAGAAGUAGUCUGUUGUAGUUCUGAUGUUACAAGUCCUUGUGUGUGAGGUUUGUUGACAGUCAGAUCAUCCUGUACUUUGUGGAUAUGUAUAUACUGUUGCUAGGUGACAUGUCAAAGUCAAAUUGUGAAUAAAAAUGUAAUAUAUUUGUCUUAAAUAAAAGUCUUCCUGCCAAGACAAA